AUGUCGAUGAUUGCCAGGCGAACGGCCACCCGCGCUGUGCGCCUCCCUUUCCAGCCAAUUCAGCGCCGCACAUACUCUGCCGGAGGUGGUGGAGCUGCAUCAGGAGAGGUCGGCGCAGAUGGCAAGGAGGAUGUGCUUCGCAAAGGCGCAAAGAGAGAUCCUGAGCUCUACGUAUGUAUUCGAACUGGAUGUUUAGGUGUAUCAUGGAAGAUGAGAUGUGUCUGACUCGGGCGAUGUUUGCCAGAUCCUCCUCUCCAUCAUGACCGGUGCUUUCGCUCUCGCUGGCUGGCACUUCAGCCGCAACCCAACAUCUUCCUCCUCCGAGAACCCAGUGGCCAAGGCAAAGGAUAGCGAGCCAUGGAAGACCGGCUCUGAGGCAAGAUACCAAUAUCACCCAGGUGGAGAUCCUAGCAAGGGCCGUAAGGAUGCACCAAGCGCCUUGAACGAGGUCAUUAUUCCAAAUGUCAACCUGCCAAAGGUGAGAUCAACACUUACUAGACGCUCGCAGGAGCAAUCCUCGGGAGGCCGCGAGCCAUGCGACACUCUUGCUGACAAGGCGGUAGGAGCUGCACGAGAAGUACAACAAGUGGGGCAAAGAGGGCUAUUAG